AUGGCGCCUCCAAAUGGGCACCUGCUGCUCCCCAAGAUAUGGAGAGUAGCAAGGUUCGCCUAUGAGAAGGCCUCCAAGGCCAUAAGAGCCAAGUUACCCGAACCAACCCAUCAUACGCCACUGCGCUACGAACCAGUCUAUGCCCGGGUCAACAGACAGCCCAUUAGUCGGGCUGCCGCUAUCCGCCAGGCCCGCGGCCGUCACUUCUCGACUCGUGCAGCCGGUGCCUUUGCCUCGGCCAUUCGAGGUAUACAAGCGGAUGUCGGUACAUACAAGACCAGUCGCAUUGCUUCCAACAUCAGUCGACUGACUGCUCGCGCCCCUUUCGCAUCGACUCUCCGCCCCAAUUUAACUGGUGGCACACUGGGCCGCACGGCGGGAGGAUAUGCUAUCGGCGCUGGUCGUUUCGGUGGGGCCCGAUACUUCUCCCAUGGAGCCGCUGCCCCUGCCCAGGUCAUCCAGAAUGUGUCGCAGGGUGUGCGUGCAUUCUUCCUGUCCGGACAGAAGGUUCGAUUCGAUGGAGUUGAUCCCCGUACGGGCGAGAAGCGUUACAAGGCUGUCAGCGCUAUCCAGGACCAGGCCGGUCGAAACAUGGCCGCCAUUCCCCGCACUGCUCCCGGCUCGCAUAUCGACUUCCAGCUUUCACCUACCAUCACCGCCUUCGGUGUUCUGGCCGGUCUGGACAAGAAGAACGGUGUCGCUACUGGGAUGCAUUCGGAAGGUCUCAUGGAUGUCCUGUCUGCCGACUUUGCUCGUGCCCUCAAGGAAUUUGCUACUGUUUUGAAUGAUCUCAAGCGUUUGUCAACUCUGGGUGACAUGCCAAUUCUACUACACGAUCAAUCCACUAUUCGUGUCCGGUUCCCCGGGUGUGAUGCCCAGACUGUCGAGAGCCUUUGUGAUGAGGUUGGUGUCCAACGCGGUCGUAUUUUCCAGGAUGAGGACUUUGAUCUCCGCACCGGCGCCGAUCUAGCUCUGCUCUUCCCAUUCGCACCAAGUAUAGCCCCAUCAUCCAAUACCGAGGACUUUUUCGAGAAGCCCUCCAAAUCAAUUGGUCCUUCCACCAACGAUCUCGACUGGCACGCCAUGCUCACACCCGAGAGCAGUCCAUUCUCGCACAAGUCGCGAGACUCUGGCAAUGCCAUCAGUUUCGACGACAGUGAGCUAUUUGGCGAUAACCCAUGGACCUCCCCCAAGUCGGCGUACUCAAGCGUCAACAUAAGCGAGCUUGGGGAUCGUGCCUUUUUUCCAGAGAUGUCUAACUCCUGUGCUAGCUUCUCGGAAAGUGGAGGGUAUGAUGGUGCCGAGGGAAUUUACAGAUUUCUAGCCGAAUGCGAUAUGGCACGGCGCUGA